AUUCCUCAAAUGUUUCUUUCAGGCUCAGCUGCUGCAGUCAAACUUUGGGCCUUGAUUUCAGACAACUGGCUCUGUCUCAUCUCAAACACACACACACACACACACACUGAACCCAACGUCUAUAAAGACACCAGAAACCCGUGGAGGUUUAAUUCAUCUCUUUUCACCCACAAACAGCAGGAAGGAAUCAGCUGCAGGGAAGAUGGCUGAGAAGAAGAUGUCGCUGAGCCGCAGAAAUCAUCUCAAGAGUCUGCUGCUCCAGAUUGGCAAAGAAAUGCUGGAGGAGGAGGCCCGGCAGGCCGAGGAGGAGAAAAUGGCGUACAUAAGGGAGAACUGCCCCACCCUCUCCUUCCCACAAUGCACCCUGGAGCUUCAGGAGCUGUGUCGGCAACUUCACAAGCAGAUCGAUUUGGUGGAUGAGGAACGAUAUGACAUGGAGACGAAAGUAAAGAAAUGCAACAAAGAGAUCGAUGACCUGAAGAUGAAGGUCCAGGAUCUGAACGGCAGGUUUAAGAAGCCCACUCUGAGGAGGGUCAGGAUGUCGGCUGAUGCCAUGUUGGCUGCCCUGCUGGGCUCCAAACAUAAAGUGUCCCUAGACCUGAGAGCCAACCUGAAGCAGGUGAAAAAGGAGCUGAAAGAGGAGGAGAAGCAGACAGGCGACUGGAGGAAGAAUAUCGAAGAUAAAGCUGGGAUGGAUGGUAGAAAGAAGAUGUUUGAGGCAGAGGCUUAAAUAAUAUUGACCUCUAUGUUUUUUAAAAAGGUAACACAUUACAAUAAAGACUUAAUUGUACAACUAA